ACGGUCUCUGAAAAACUACGAGCCAUUAAGUACCCAAAAACCCCUCGCAAAACCCUAAAUCGCUGUCAAUGGGUCGCCGAAAGAACAACAACAACAGCAAUCAGAGCUCAGCUGGCUUCAGCCACUUGCCCCAAGGCUCCAAGAUUCGCUUCGCAGACAAGGAAGACGAAGACGAAGCUCUCAAAGACGCCUCCGGGAGCUCCAACCACGACGAGUCCAUGUGCGACCCCGAGCUUGACAAGGCCGUUGAUGACUCCAUGGGCGAGCCUGACGUCUCUUUCAUCGCCGCCGAUGAUAAGACCAGCGCCGACUAUUACUUCGACUCCUACUCUCACUUCGGUAUCCAUGAAGAAAUGUUGAAGGAUGUAGUGAGGACUAAGACAUAUCAAAAUGUUAUUUAUCAGAACCAGUUUCUGUUUAAGGACAAGAUUGUUCUUGAUGUGGGAGCUGGGACUGGAAUUUUGUCCCUAUUUUGUGCAAAAGCUGGUGCACAGCAUGUGUAUGCGGUUGAGUGCUCAGACAUGGCCGACAUGGCAAAAGAGAUUGUUGAAGCAAACGGAUUUUCUAAUGUAAUAACAGUUCUGAAGGGAAAGAUUGAAGAACUUGAGCUUCCAGUCCCUAAAGUGGAUAUAAUUAUCUCAGAAUGGAUGGGAUAUUUUUUGUUGUUUGAGAAUAUGUUAAAUACAGUCCUCUAUGCUCGUGAUAAAUGGCUUGUAGACGAUGGAGUUUUACUACCAGACAAAGCUUCUCUCUAUUUGACAGCUAUCGAGGAUGCAGAGUACAAAGAAGACAAGAUAGAAUUUUGGAACAACGUAUAUGGCUUUGACAUGAGCUGCAUCAAGAAGCAAGCCAUGAUGGAGCCCCUUGUGGACACAGUUGACCAAAAUCAAAUUGUUACAAAUAGCCAGCUACUCAAGACAAUGGAUAUAUCUAAGAUGACUCCCGGAGAUGCUUCCUUCACAGCACCUUUCAAGCUUGUUGCUGAACGUGAUGAUUUCAUUCAUGCUCUUGUAGCCUACUUUGAUGUGUCAUUUACAAAGUGCCAUAAAUUGAUGGGCUUCUCCACAGGGCCAAGAUCACGGUCUACUCAUUGGAAGCAAACAGUCCUGUACUUGGAAGAUGUGCUAACAGUAUGUCAAGGAGAAUCCAUUGUCGGAAGCAUGACUGUGGCGCAAAACAAAAAGAAUCCCCGUGAUAUUGAUAUCAUGCUCAAGUAUUCAUUAAAUGGCCGACGAUGCACGGUCUCGAGGGUUCAAUAUUACAAAAUGCGCUAAGUUACGUUAUGCUAUUUUUCCAUCGAGAAAGCAAUCCAUAAUUGCAAUAACUCAGUGUUGUGGAUUGUUGUUGCUCAGCCUGUUUGAAUGUUGCCUUCCUUUAGGUUAUCUGUGCUAGGAGGCAGCAUUGUAGCAUCUGUACUUUUAAUUAUCCAUUUCUUAAAAUUGUAAUGUCCAAAUUUUGAUGCUAAAAGGUUUGGAAUUUAUUUAUUUUAGUUCAUGACUUGCAAUUCUAUAAAUCUCAUCUGUUCUUUC